AUGGCCGCCCCAACUGCCCUGCGUCAGCCCUUGGAAAACACCGGACUCCAGUCCGCUCAGAUUCCUGACCAGGAUGAUGAAAUCUUGAUCGAUGCUCAGGCUGUCCCAGAUGCCUCAAACCCUGUGGAUGUUUCACCCGAAGACAAUGAGAUGCGCAUCGACGAAGAGGGUCGUCCAGUCUUCACUCCCGCUAAGGAGACCAGCGCUGCAUACCGUAUCGAAAACCGAAAGGUCCCCGUCCCACCCCACCGCAUGACACCGCUCAAGGCGAACUGGACCAAGAUUUGCCCUCCUAUCGUCGAGCACCUGCGACUGCAAGUGCGCAUGAACGUUAAGACCCGAUCCGUCGAGUUGCGAACCUCCAAAUUUACUACCGAUGUUGGUGCGCUCCAGAAGGGUGCUGAUUUCAUCAAGGCCUUCACGCUUGGCUUCGAUAUCGAUGAUGCGAUCGCUCUUCUGCGACUGGAUGACCUGUACAUGGAGACCUUUGAGAUCAAGGAUGUUAAGACAUUGAAUGGAGAGCAUAUGGGUCGUGCUAUUGGUCGUAUUGCAGGAAAGGACGGAAAGACCAAGUUCGCUAUCGAGAAUGCUAGUCGUACUCGAGUUGUUCUCGCGGACUCGAAGAUUCACAUUCUGGGUGGAUUCAAGAACAUCCACAUUGCCCGAGAGGCUAUUGUUAGCCUGAUUCUGGGUAGCCCUCCGGGCAAGGUUUAUGGAAACCUCCGCACAGUCGCUUCGCGUAUGAAGGAGCGGUUCUGA